AUGAGCCUCCCCCCGGGCCCACUCCACGAGUUCCUGCGCGGGUACUUUCACCUUAAGAGCGGCUCGUGCGCGCGCAACUACCCGCGCCCGUUGAAAUCCUGGACAGCGGAUGAACUACUCCAACUACCGUUCUACUACAUCAUGCCGCUGGAGGCUACCAUGCCCGAAGCCAUCGCGCUGGACAUGAAAAACGAGCCGGAGAACGCUCAGCAGCUUUCGCAGGCUUGGCUGCCGGAUUCUGAUCUGGAUGUUUAUGUGGCGGAGUAUGGACGGACGGGAUUCCAGGGCGGGUUGAACUGGUAUCGAGUGCGGACGGCGGCGGAUGGUCGGUUCACACGGGAUUUCGACACAUUCGCGGGGAAGAAAAUCGAGGUGCCUUGUGCUUUUGUGUCGGGGAAGAUGGACUGGGGAAUUUACCAGGAACCAGGGGCGUUGGAGAAGAUGGUGAAUGGGGAGGUAUGCAGCGAUUUUAGGUUCCUGAGGUUGAUUGACGGUGUUGGGCACUGGGCGCCUCAGGAGAGUCCAGAUGAGGUUGCCAAUGCGAUUCUGCGCCUGGUGCGUAGUCUCGAAUGA